AUGGCCACUCCGUUUUCUCUCACUGCGGCCUUCCGCGGCCUUGCUUUGUCCGCACCAAAGCGAUCCUUCUCGACAUCACUGGCACGCCAGUCCGACAAGAAACUCCCCGAGCACAUCCCGGCCUAUCCCCAUGGCCCCCGACAGUGGUACAAGCAGGCCGACACUGGUCUCUACGGUGGUGCCAUGAUCCGUUUCGGUAACAAGAUCUCUGAUGGACGCAACAAGGGCAAGACAAGGCGAAGCUGGAAGCCCAACGUCCGCCGACAGAAAGUGUGGAGCGAGGCGCUCGGCGAGCACCUUCGCAUCAAAGUCACGCGCGAGGCGAUGCGUUCGAUCUAUAAGGAGGGUGGCCUCGACAACUACCUCAUGAGCGACAAGAACGGCCGCAUUAAGGAUCUCGGCAUGUUCGGAUGGGAGCUUCGAUACAAGGUCAUGCAGACCCCGGCCAUCCAAGAAAAGUUGCAGGCAGAGCGGAAGAAGCUUGGACUGGCAGACCCUUUGCCGUUUGAUGAGUGGAUUAAGACCAAGGAGGCCGAGAUUCAAGCGAAGGUCGAGGAGAGACUCAACAUCCAAUCCAUCACGAAGCCCCGUCCGAAGGGCAAGGCCGACAUCCAGAACCAACAACGUGCCCAACUCGAACUCUAA